GCUGUUGGGCGGUCUGUAUUCGCCAGUUGGGAGUUUCGGCUUCGCGUCCCAGGGAACCAUGGGCAGCCCUGAGGAGAGAGAAUGGGUUGAUGUCGCCAAUGAUCUUCUCAUGAAAUGUCAUGUAAAUCUGCAUGUGACAAAGCUCACAGAAUGUGGUGCUAAUGUAUUUGUUGGACUUUAUGAGUCAAUCUUGGGAGAAAAAGUACCAGAUUUCAUAGCCUCUCCCAAAAGCCAAGAGGAUGAUGCACAUAAUGUGCAAGCAGUAAUAGAUUCUCUGGCAUUGGACUACUUGCAGGUCAGCUUGUCUCACAUCACUGGAGAGAACGUUGUGAAAGGAGAGAGAGAAUCUAUCCGAAAUCUGUUAGAAAUAUUUGAUGGCCUGCUUGAAUAUCUUACAGAACAAAUCAGUGAAACGUCUUCUCGGAAUGGGGAUGAACCUGACCAGCUAGCUAACAAUGAAAUUCAAAGGGUGCUUCAAGAGCAGCUGGAAGGUGACCUGAAGGAACCUGUGCCACCUCUGAAACUUCCAUCAGUUGCCGAGUCUUCCCCGUCAGAUAUUUUUGUCCCAUCUUGGGAGGUAGAAGGAUCAGAAUCUACUAGUGAAUUAAUCAGGCUUGGGGACACUGCACAUUCAUUUUCUCUAAGAAAGGAAGAGUUCCAGCUCCCUGAAAUGUUGCCGGCAGAGAGAGAGAGGUCUAAGGAGAUCAAGGAACCUGAAGACUCUGGGGCUACUGUGGCAUCAUCUACUCAGCUUUCCGGCAGCAGAAGAGCACUUGUAAAAGAGAGGGAAGGAUCAAUGGAUUCUGUUAAUUCCACUGAAUUUCUCAAAGAGAGUUUGAGUUCCAGUGCUAAAAAACUUGGGGAGCCCAUACGCCCAGCUAUUCCUUUGCAACCACCAUAUCAGCCUCCUGAACCCAGGUCUCAUUAUUCAAUGGGAAGGGAAUACCAAAGCUCAGCCAGACAGUCCCCAGGUUCGGCUAACAGUCAUGGACUUGAAGCUUCUGUUUUUACAGAACCACUUAGACAGGAGUCAACUACUUCUGAUACUGUUCCUCUGUCGAGACUCGCCCCUGUUUCUCCAGUUGGAGAUAAGGCAGUGUCAAAAGAUGUGCGAAACGGCACAGAUGAUGUGGCUAAGGCUCUUGAUGUGGAUGCCUCACAUACAUCAACUAUCUGCUUACACCAAGACAUCUCACCAGGCACUGACCAGGUAAUAUCAGUAGCACGAAUCACAAAACCUGAAACAAGAAGUCCGUCUAGUGGAAAAAGCAGAUAUGAAAAUUUUAUCACAAAUUCAUUUGGAGAGGAGCCCCUUUCCUGCAGAAGGGCAAAGGAUAAAUUAUCUGAGCAAGAGCUGCAUGAAAUGUCAGAAAAACUCUCUCGCAGGUUAAAUGAACUAGAUUUAAUGUUAAAGAGAGCUUUGGGUGAGCAUCCCAGGGAAGAGAUGUUGACAGAUGAAGAUAAACUGUCUCAGCACAGUGACAGUGUAAUGGAUUAUCGGGGAAGGAAACCUCACCAAGCUACCCCACAUCCCAAAAGAUUUCUUAGCAGACCACGGUCCCUUUCUCCAUCCCCACCCUCAUCCAGGUAUCUACCUCGCUCUGAGUUUGAAGAUGCACUUCAGAGAGAUGCCAGAGGCCAGAUGGGGAAAAUGCGCAGGCAAUUGCAAAAGGAAAUGGACCAGAGAAGAAUAAAAGCAAAGCUAAUGACUAAAGCCUAUGAAGAGGAAUUAAGAAUUUUUGAAGCUAGAGAGAAACUGGGCCUCUUCAAGCUAAAAGCAAAAGCCAGGGAAACGGAACAAGAAUACCAAGAAAACAUCUUUAAAGAACCUCCAAAAAUGCCUCAGCCAGUGAAAGUUUAUUCUAGAAAAACCACACCUCGGAUUCCCAAACAGAGCCAGUGGAUUCCAAGAGGAGGGCUUGCAAAGCCAAAGAAAGCAGCUCAGAUGAAAGUAAAGGACAAUGACCUCCUGCCUCUGCUCCUGGAAGAGUUUCCAUACCUGCACAUUUCCCACCACUCUUUGAACAAAAUGUGGCAACAGCAGCUUGCACAGAUGGAACUACUGAAGUCUGCUUCUGGCAAAGAUAGAUCAAGACUGAAACUCCAAAGUGAAGUGGAAGAAGCACUGAAGAAGCAUGACCUCCUUGUUGACAUCAUAAAGAAAGAUCAAGACCAUAACAAGAGACUGCAAGAGUUUAAGCAACGCAUAUAUCGGCAGAAGUUUGCUCAGAAUAAAAUGAGAGAGAAACGUCAGCAAAUUGCUCGAGCCAAGAAGUACUAUGAGGAUUACCGCGUUCAGCUGCGUGCAAAAAUGAUGCGGGCUAGGACAAGGGAAGAAAGGAUAUUUAAGAAUCUAUUUGAAGAAGGCUUAGAAAUUCAGAAGCAAAGGCUGCAGGAGCUGAGAACCUAUAGUAAAGAAAAGCGUGCUGAGCAAAGAAGAGUACACCAGGAUGAACUAGAGUCCAUGGAGAACUACUACAAGGAUCAGUUUUCAAUGCUGGCAGAAGCUGUAUCACAAGAACGUCAAGAAAUCCAAGCCCGAGAGAAAGCACAAGUAAAAACACUGCACAAAACAAAAAAGGAGUUAAGAUCAAAGAUGGAAAAGGAUAUACAGCAGCUGCAGACUAUGAUAACUCAAAAUGAUGAUGACUCCUUCUUCCAAGAGCUGGAAGCAGAACGACUGAAAUCCAGACUUCAAAUGGCUUCUUUUCAGUAUAGCAAAAACUAUUUCUUGUAAGGCAUACUGACUAUUAAAUAUCAAUGCAGA